AUGCGGACGAAGCUUCUUCCGCUACUGUAGAGGGGUUAUGAACUUUGUACAGGAGAUUUGAUUAAAGGAACGACAUAGAAGUUACCGUGAAUCAUGGCGCCUGAAAGAUCGAACAGCGUUCCUGUAAAUCAAUUAAGAAAUGUCCCUCAAAGUAUAACCAGUUCACCAAGUACAUCAGCUCCAUUUCCUUCUACAAAUAUACAAUCGGGAAUUCCACCUCCGAUACCACCACGUCAACCGGUUCAAAGUUAUUCUGGAUUCAAUGAUUAUAGGCCAUUUGGGUCUAAUUCGUAUGGUGGAUUCGGAUAUGGGUUGGGUAAUCAAUAUAGAGGAUUAAAUGGUUAUGGAGGAUAUAGUUCUUACGGCUAUGCUCCAUAUUCUACUUAUAAUAAUUAUGGUACAUUUGGUGGGCACAGUGGUGAUGUUGAAAAUAGGUUUUUUCAGUACGUUGAAGAAAGUACUAGGCCUACAUUUCAGUUGAUUGAAACAGUCCUACAAACAUUUUCCUCUAUGACAAUGCUCCUGGAAUCAACAUAUUUCACUUUAACAAAUUCAUUUAAGGCAAUUUUAACUGUUGCAGAAAAUGUUGGUAAAUUGCGUUCAACUGUAGGACAGUUGUUCAGUACUUUUGCUCUGAUUAGAUUUUUAAAAUGGUUGUAUAGGAAAAUCAUGCGCACAGCUGGUUUUCCGCAUGAACGUACCACGAAUGAAGAAUUAUGGGAAAAAUCCUUAGCAAAAAUUGGAAAUGAAAAUAUUAACAAUUCUUCCUUUUGGUCAGGAUUUUUACUGUUUAGUGUAUUUUUUGUGGUACCUUACAUGAUUCAUAAAAUCACAGAUAACAUAAGAAACGCUCAAGUAAAAGGAAAGGAUCCGAAGGAUUGGUAUCAGUACGAUCAACCAGUAUUUGUUGCAACAGUGCUGUAUGAUUUUAAUGCCUCGAACAACGAAGAAUUAAGCGUAGGAGCUGGUCAGAAACUUUAUCUUGCACCUCAAGCUCUGCAACCAAAACACCUGCCAGGAUGGUGUAAAGCCACUGACAAUGUAAAUGUUGGCUUUAUUCCCUACAAUUAUAUUAAAGUUAUAGGACAGUUGAGAAAACGGAAGGAAAACGAAAUAAAUUCUCUAGCUCAAGAGAAGCCUUCCACUAUGGAAAACCACUGGAAGAAUACUAAAGAAAACGAUGGAAGUUUAAAAAUGACUGAAAAUGUUACACACGAUGUGUAG